AUGCAAUCAGUCGAAGCAUUCAUCCCGUGGGUCAGAAUCGGGGAAUUGCUCAACGCUCUCAUCGACUCUUUCAUCAAGGCCCUCGUUGAGUCCGACAUCGACCCCGACAGCAAGUUCAACGAAAUCGAAGACAGAAGAGGAUAUGUCGACACACCAUCUACCGGAGGAUUGCCUCAUCCGCGGUCAAUCCUGGAGCCAACUAUACUACCCCGACAAAUUUUUUGA